AGUAUCGCAUAUAUUACCCACAUAUCAUAUUAUACCUAGAUACUCACCAUGUUUUUAUUCUUGUUCAAUUCAUCGAAAGCAGAAUUCACAACACAUUUCUAUGCCAUCAGCCGUGGCCACAGCCUUGCUCGUCGUUAUUAUUUUCCUUCCGUUGCGCGAUUAAUUCUUUUCUUCUAUCGUGGCAGCACAAGUACGAUCAUCUAUCCACCACCCACAAGGAUAUAGUUGAAUAACCAUUGCUGCAGCUCUGCAGCGCUACAACCAAAUCGUCUUAAUGGAUUUGAGAGGACGAUGCUGGAGUUCAUGCAUAUUCGGAUGUACAUAACCCUACAUACAUCCAUACAUACAACAGUGGUAUGUAUAGCAUCUAGAAAAAAACCACAAAUAUCUACUGGCUAAAAUUGAUCAUGCAACAGAAGAUAAUUCCUUGGUAACCUUACGCAACACCAUUUAUGAAUGGAGAAUGCAAUAAGAAUGCAAAGAGUCGGAUUUAUAUGGAUUAGAAGAGGGGAAACAAUGGACGUCCAUACAUAUUAUAAUGUGAUAUUCCAAUGAUUUUUGACACGUCAGUCGUGGUUGUUUUAUGGUGGUAUAUUCACCCACCUGUUCAUUUUAUAAUCAUCCGCAGAGCCCCGCGCUUUUAUCACAGUUAGUUUCUCGGGGUAUCAGAAAAAUGGGAUUCAAUAAAUGGAUGGAUAUAUGGGUUGGUUAUAAGUUAUAACUUAUUUGAGAUGCAUACUCCACUUUUUUGGCUUUGGUUUUUGGUUCUUCAAUUGAUUUGAUAUAUUGAUUUCUUCUUGAGAUUCCACUUCGAGUUGAGGGGGCAAUUAAUAUAAUAAUGAGUUCCUGAAGACAUUACACGGAAACUCAUCACUCAAUUUUGAGCAUUAUUUCCCUUUACUUUUCUCCUCGUCAGAAACAUAUCUAUAUAACACCGCAUCAUACCUUAAUGUCGACUCUCCAGUACCAAUCCGCAACAGCAACAGCAGCAUGGAGGAACUAUCCGGAUGCUGGCUUGAAGCCAUCCGCGCCGAUACCGCCGCAAUAGAACUCCUAAGAAUCCGCACCCACCUAACCAGCACUUCUCCCCCUCUUCUCUCCUCUCCAUAUCAAGGCACUUUCACCCGCUCUUCAUCCCCCUCUAUCAACGAUCCUGAAAUCAUCACCGCCAUCCUGCGACACGUCGAACAAACCUCCCGACUACUUCGGGACCUAUACGAUCUCUUCCCCAUCUAUCGAAUUCGUGUUCCUGUUAUCGUUUAUUAUCUCACGGUUAUCUUACCCUGUUUGCAAAAAACUCUAAGAGAUAUGCUGGCUUUUCUCCUGUGUGAAGAUUUUUCGUUGAGUUUGAGGUGGUUACGUAUGUAUGAGAGACUAAAUGAGCAAGGGGGUAUGACCUUGACCCUGAGGUUUGUUAUGUAUGUGGAUUUUUUGGUGCAGUGUGUUAGGUUAUUGACUGGGUGAGUUUCGGAAUUUUUGUUGUGGUUUCUAGAGGUGUCCUAGGCUGGGAUGAAAAGUUGGUGGGUAAGGUUCAGAUUGGUGAAAUGGAUGAAAUGUGUGGGAAUUGGAUAAAGUAAUGGGAUGGAGGUAAUGACUGUUAGUACAGAUCUCCAACAUAUGAUCCUACGACACUAGAAUUAUUGCGCUUAAGAGUACUGAGGCUGAGGACUUUGAGGGGGAUUCCUGGUAUGUUUUAUUUCUUCUCUCGUUUUCACACUAGGCAUAAAUUAUUCUUUUUUUUAUAUUCUAUAACAUUGCAUCUCAAAUAUGUGCGAAAGUUAGAAAAAUGCAGACACAGAUAAGUUGCUCACCAAUAUUCUAGCUCCCCCAAUCCCAGUACAACCACAUCUCGCUCCCGCACGACCAAAUCUUGUUGAUAUAGAGGUAUGUAGCGAAUCUUUUAGAAUCUUGAGUUUUCGUGAGAAUGGAUUAAUGCUUGAGUGAUGAGAGGAGGAGAGGGAGACGGCUUUUGUGCGGAAGCGAAAACCUCGUGGAAAAGAGAAGGGACUAUGAGUAUAGAGUAUGGGAGAAUAUUAAGAGAAGAUGAGAAGAGAGAAAACAGAUAUUGAGAUACUAAUAUAAAAUAAGCAGAGACGUAAUUGGGCGGAAAAAAUCUUCGAUGAUCAUGCGCAACCUCUUUCGCAAACGUGUUUGAAACAUAGUCGAGAGUAUGUUUGUUUCUUUUCGUUCAUGUGGAUGAAUUUUGGGAGGCUCCGGUAAGGAGUAGAGGAAUUUUUUAGACAGCGGGAACUUGGAGAGAACAGAGAAGAGAGAAGAUGUGAUGUGCAGUGUACCGAGGAAGUGAUUGAGAGCGCAAUGACUGAUGGAAUGGAUAUAGCUCAAGAUGUUUUGGUCCAUCUAUGAGUGAAAUGAGAUUAGGUAUAUCACCUCAUUCAAAAGUUUUGUUUAAAUUGUAUGUCCCCCUUCCCUUCCACCCCUUCUUUUAUCCCACUCCCUCGUCCUCUUCUUUUAUCCUCUCACCCCUCCAUUACUCCUCCUUCUACCAUCUUCAACCCCACUAACACCCAACACCCUCUAGACCCUUCGAUAAAAAUCGCCUUUCCAUAGCCCUCUACCUCAACGACACAACUCUUGACCAAUCACCCCGUUUCCUCUGUCGCUGGAUGGACAAACAUAAUAAUCCUCAUUACUCUUCCUAUGGUGUACAUGAAUUAUGUGUUAAAAGAAGAGGAAGUGCAUUAUGUUUUAAGAGGUGGAGUGAGUGUAAGGAACAUCCUACAGCUUGGAUAGUUUUAUUUUUCAAGUGAGUUUUCUUUUGUGUGUCUGACUUGGGAGAGGGAAAAUAGGCCAGAUGAAGAAGAAGGGGGAAGGGGAAGUGGGAGCCAAAACGAAGAGAGUAAAUGGAUAGAUAUAACGACUGGGAAUUAUGUGCUGAUUGAGGUGUAUUUGGUAGGACUUGGCAACGUUAGUGUACUUUCAUAAGACCUCCUUCUAUCGAACUGAACCAUGUUCCUCUGAAAUAGGUAGAGUAAGAUUAACUCAAUAUCGCAGGAAUGGUACUCUUCCACUGCUCAUUCGUAGCACUGAAAGCACGUUCUCAACUCACAAAUCUAAUACCAAGAGACGACUACGUAAUUUCUGGGGAAAUACAACUUUUUCAGGGGUAUGCUUUAUCUUCCUUCCUUUUAUCUCAUUUAUUCAUUAACUGCUUUUCAUUUCCUGUUUUCUCUCAUCACAGACAAUGCGCAACGGACAAUUGUCCAUAAUGAGAUUUGAUAUUGUUGUAUUGAGUAAUUACUGAUACUCCUUGAAUAAUAGUCAAAUAGUAGACGAUGGGUUCUACCACUCACUUUCCGUCUACGAAGAUCGAUACACCCAUACGUUAAGACUGCAUGCUGCGGUUGCGAAUGGAGAGUUAAGGAAAUGUCCUGUCUGGACUGCUUUUAGUAUAUCCCUCUUUCUUUGUCUUCUGCUCCUACUCUUCCCCCCUAUAAUCGCCUCUCGCCUUUACUUUCACCUGGUUCCCUUUCCCAAUCCCCUAUCUUCCACUUUUUCUCGCUCACCCUCCAUCCCUCACUCUCCCACACAUCUCACUAAUACCAACCCUAGUAACCGAUCUCCAGAUGUCCUCCGACACCUGGAUCGCGCGACAUACUCGCCAUCGCGUUUGGAUUAAAGAUCUACAUCUCUACGUAUUCUGCGAUGAAUAUUCUCGCCGAACGCAAGUUAGGAAACAUGGGGAAUUUGAAUUAUAUUUUGUGCAUGGCGCUGGUAUGUUUGAUUUCUUUCUUUCUAUUUUCUAUCUUUCUUGGAAGGGAUUUGAUGAUUUUAAUGAUGAGUUUUUGUUUAUUCUCUUAUGUGGAAUUUAUCCAUUUUUUCCUGUAGCGGACAUCAAAUCCUAGAAGAGAUGGGUAGACAGCAAAAGGAGAAAAUUCAUCAUCAGAAAAGAAUUUUUCAAUAUAUAUUUAUAUAUACCAAUACAAGAGUACCACUAACACAACCACCUAAACAGCAGCAGAAGAAUUUAUAGAGAUUUUCUACCCCUUUGAUUCCGAAUCCGGAUCCGAAGAAGGAAUCGGAUCACCAGAAGAUUCGUAAUCGAAGCGAAAAUUCGAAGCGAAUUUCGAGCCCCUUGAUUUUCGGCUAUCGCAGUUUAAUACUACGUAGAUAUUCUACGCAUUUUUAGCAUUUUAUCUGAGGAUGGAAGGAAGAAGAAAAGGAGGAAGAGUGCCGUGGUGAAGGAUAAAGAAAAAGCUACUCAAAUCGAGGAUUUUUUUUAAUUGCUAUUAUCGCCAAUCUGAGCAUCAAUUAGCUCAUCAACUCCACGAAGCUCGAACUUCGAAGUUCAAAUUUCUCGACCCAUCGAUCCGUCUAUAUCUAUAUACAAAGAAAUCAUUCUAAAUCCAUACUCGAAUCUAACGCAUCGAUCUUCAACUCUCCAACUCUCCAACUCUCCAACUCUCCAACUCUCCAACUCAAACUACCUCUUUCAUCCCCCAUCUUCCUAGGAGGGAAAACUUAAAACUUCUCUCUCCACAUUUAUACUUCAAGAAUACAAUGAAGAAACCAAAAUAUACGUUCUUUUCGAAUUCCCCCACUCUAUUUCACUAUAUCCCACAAACUCAUCUUACGCUUUCAAUUUCAAUUUCAUUUUCAUUUUCAACUUCACGAUACGACACGAUACGACUGAUACCCGGAGGAUAUCUUCUUUCAUAUUUCUUGUUAUAAUUAUUUACUUUGUUUAUUUAUUUCUCUCUUCUCAGUUUUAGUCUCUGAAAUAUUUAUCUAUUCAUUUAUUCUAUCUAUCUAUCUAUCCAUCCAUCCAUCCAUUCGUGUAUAUAAUUAUUCUAAUU